GUCGUAGCCAACGACGAGCCAACCCUAAACUCAAUGGCUGCGGUUGCCACCAGGCAGCUCUCAAAGACCCCUGUGGGUGUCCUCCCCCCUGCAUCACCCUUCGCCGAACUCCUACGACGGUCGCGGUUUGCCAGCUAUGACCCCGAAAUCAAGCAAACAUACUCUGCACCCCCAGCCUACGCGCACCGAGGCAACUGGGGUUUGAAAAGACCCAUCUCCCAACGACGGAAGGACGCGUACAUCACGCUCAAGUCGUACGAAGACCACGCGCAGUACAUCGAAUGGAACAACGCGGAGGGAAGCGUACGGUUCGUGAAGCGGUUCGAGCAGCUGAACAUGAAGCCUGAAGUCGGCGCGACGUGGGAGAAGAACUUGGGUCCUAUCCAGGACAGCCUGUGGCUUACAGACUCGGAGUUUGACCAGGCGUCGGACAGCGAGUAUCGGUAUCACACUGAGGAGAAGCCGGUGGAGGAAGCGGAAGAGAAGGAUGUUUUGUUGGAGGACUUGGGCAAGAAGGGCAAAGGUGGUUAUGGUGCCGACGCGACCUACCCAACUCGGGCACCCCUUGUCGAGCAGAAGACCAAGCCCUGGAACUACCGUCAACCCAACCUGGAAGCCAUGACCAACGCCGAAUUCGAGCGAUACCUCGAGAAACUGCGCGAACUCCGCCCAGCCUUCCUCGCUGAAUUGCGUACGCAGCUUCGCGAAAAGGAGAAGAGGGGUGAGACGACCGGCACGCUUCUUCGCCCUGACAUGAGCGACUUGCAGUUAGCCGCAGCCAACAUCAUGUCUUCCGACCACCGUGCUUUCCUCAACAACUUCUGGGAGGAGGAGUAUGCCCGACGCGAUACCGAGCCUGCCGCUGCAGACCCUGCCAACGGCGAAGCCCUUCCCCGCGACUUUGUUCAGCACAAGAUCAAACCCCAGCCUCACCGCUUUGGCGGACUCAUCUACUCUCACCCCUCCCUCCUCGAUACCUUCUACAGCACCGCACCCAAACCCGCAUUCGUCCUGCAAGUACAAAACAGCGGCAAAUUCACUGGCCAAGGAACCCAACAGGUCAGCUUUGCAGGCGUCGUCGCUGAUCUCCAGGGCCCCGGUGAGAGGCCUCUCUUCGCAAGGGGCACUGGACCCAGGCAAGACGCGCUUGAUAGGAGCGUUGUUAAUGUCCGACUCUCGUCGUUCAUUCUCGACAAGGCACCCUCGGUGGUUGGAAAGCACCAGGAAGGUCUUGACGGGGUGCACGUCAAGGCGGCGGUGGUCCCUGACAGACCACUCGCUCAGAGGUCUUGGCCCAAUACCAGCAAGCCAGGCACCUAUGGCUAUUCCGCGAUUGUCCAGAAGGGAGCGGUGACUCUUGAUGGAUAUGGGAAGCCGGGUAGGAAGCAGCCCACGGCUGCUUCUGUAGCCAGCCUGAAGAAGUUGGUAAAGGCCAAUGUACCCAAGCGUUCGUAG